AUGCUAUCCAACAUCCUUCUUACUGCUGCGCUCGCAGCAGGCGUGGCUCAGGCCUUGCCUCAAGCGACCAGUGUCACGAAGACUACCUCUACGGCUCGCGCCACGACCACCGCUGCAGCAACUGGUAACCCUUUUGCUGGCAAGGACUUCUACGCCAAUCCAUACUACUCGUCUGAAGUCUACACUCUGGCCAUGCCUUCGCUUGCUGCAUCUUUGAAACCCGCUGCAUCCGCCGUCGCCAAAGUCGGUUCAUUCGUAUGGAUGGACACAAUGGCCAAGGUGCCCACCAUGGACACCUACCUCGCCGACAUCAAGGCCAAGAACGCUGCAGGAGCAAAGCUUAUGGGAACCUUUGUCGUCUACGACCUGCCCGACCGCGACUGCGCAGCCCUUGCUUCCAACGGCGAGCUCAAGAUCGCCGAAGGCGGUGCAGACAAGUAUAAGACGCAGUACAUUGACAAGAUCGCCGCCAUUAUCAAGAAGUACCCGGACGUCAAGAUCAACCUUGCCAUUGAGCCCGAUUCUCUGGCUAACAUGAUCACAAACAUGGGCGUACAAAAGUGCGCAAACGCCGCGUCAACCUACAAAGACCUCACUGUCUACGCCCUCAAGACACUCAACUUCCCCAACGUGGACAUGUACCUCGAUGGCGGUCACGCCGGCUGGCUAGGCUGGGACGCCAACAUCGGGCCAGCUGCAAAGCUGUACGCCGAGGUAUACAAGGCGGCUGGCUCGCCCCGUGGCGUCCGUGGUAUCGUCACCAACGUCAGCAACUACAACGCGUUCCGCAUCGCUACCUGCCCUGCCAUUACCCAAGGAAGCAAGAACUGCGACGAGGAGCGCUUCAUCAAUGCUUUCGCUCCUUUGCUGAAAGCUGAAGGUUUCCCAGCUCACUUCAUUGUCGACACUGGACGCAGCGGUAAGCAGCCCACUGGCCAGCAGGCUUGGGGUGACUGGUGCAAUGUUUCGGGCGCUGGCUUUGGCAUCCGUCCUACUACUAACACUGACAAUGCGCUUGUCGAUGCUUUCGUUUGGGUCAAGCCCGGUGGCGAGUCUGAUGGUACUUCUGACCAGUCCGCUGCGAGAUACGAUGGCUUCUGCGGCAAGGCUUCUGCUUUCAAGCCUGCGCCUGAGGCGGUCAAGAUUGAACGAACUUGUGAAUCGAGAAUUGGUAUGAUUGGUCUCUUCGCGUUUGUCAAGCUCUCCUCUGUGUCGACUUCAGUGUAUGCAGCUGUUCAUGUUCAGCCCAGUUCUAUCGAUAAGGCAGCGGAGAGGGCAAUGCAACGCCCCCAGCUUUCACCUCUGCGGUCGAGACUGCUUCCAUACCUCGCCGCUACAGGCGCCUGUAUCGCGCUAUGGAGCUCCCCGAUACCUGGCGCCCACGCUGCUGAAGUCCCUGCGGCCCCCGACCACGACGUCCUUGACAGCCCCGUACUUUACGCCCUUCCCAACGGCGAAGUGUCGCAGAUUGGGCAUGGAGGAUACGAUCGCAUAGAGAGUGACGGCUAUGAGCCGGACUUUGCCUACCUCGAUCGCAGUCUGAUUGGGCGGCAGGCCGACGUGCUUGACACGUUGGUCAACAACGAGGGGAUGCCAAAGGACAUCAACCCGGAGGAGACAAUGCACUUUGUGUUCAAGAAGGGCGAAUUGCGCAUGAGAAGCGCUCUUGACGUUCCCACGGAAGCUCUGGAAGCACGGGGAACGGAGAAUGUUUCGGACGGAGUUGGAUCGGCGGAUGUUGUUGCGCCUGGCACAGGCAAUGCGAGUGACGAGGAUGAGGCUGGACUGGACAAGCGCCAGUCUGGUCGCAGUCGCGUCUGGCUAACUGCCAACACUUGUCGUCAGCCUAUGCCGAACGGAAAUGCGACGGACGCCAUGAAGAACCAUCCUCAGCUCGUCAUGUACGUCUCCACAUCAGCGCAGAACCAACGGCCAGGCCCAGAUGCAACGCAAGACACUCUAACCAACAUAACGGGCGUGCUGUUCGAUGGUGGCUACGCCAGUUUUGAGCUCAAUGCUACGUCAGAUGUGUACAUUGGCAUUGGAGCGCCCAAGCUAGAAGAAGACUGGUUCGGCAGCUGGCAUUUUGAACUCGCUGCCAGCACCGACGGGCCCUACCACAGCUACAACGCCACUGAACCGUUCCUGUACAUGGUGGAUACUGACAGCGAGUCUGCGUUAUUCAUUACGUACGACCUGGGCGAUUCGAACAAGACGGAGGAUGUCGAUAAAUGGAAGGCGCAGAACCCUUUCCACAUGUACGCUUUUCCAGAUGACGAGUGGACUCCGGUUACGGGGCUGGAACGGUCAUAUUGCGCGCUCAAGGAACAGUUCAAUGUGAACACCACGAGGAACUUCACCAUUGACACGAGUAUCACGACGAAGUUUAGCGGCGACAGCUUCAUGCCCAAGAGCCAGUUCCAUGUCAGGAACUUGCAAGCCGCGAAGACAUACAAUGGUUUCGUAGUAGUUGAGGGCAGCCAAGAGCCACUAUACAUCGACCGCGUAGGCACAACGCGAGGCGGAGGCCGGGUCUUCCAGGCCUUCAACUGGACCACAAAAGCCGACGACUCCUGCCAAGUCCUCUUCGACCUCGACUUCUGUGACACGGUCGCCUACGCCGUACCAUCCAACACCCGCUUCAAAUACAACGACACGGCCCUCGCAACAAUCUACGACGACCAGGCCCGUGAAUACUACGACAACUUCACAAAGUCGCUGGCACAAGUUGCUUGCGACACCGUCUCUGAAUCGCAAUACUCGCUCGCCCGCACCUGCGACGACUGUGCAAAAGACUACAAAUCCUGGCUCUGCAUGGUUCUCAUGCCGCGCUGCGAAGACUGGACCGCAAACGACUCGUCGCUCGUCCCGCGGAAUGUCAAGACACCUUUUGCCAACGGCUCCCUUCCUGACAUGAUUCCUGGCUUCAACGACAGCGCGGCGUUUGCUCGCAGUAGGAAUCCGCUCAUUGACGAGGUCAUCCAGCCUGGCCCGUACAAGGAGAUGUUGCCCUGUGACGACAUGUGCUUUGAUAUUGUGAGGAGUUGUCCUGCGCAGAUGGGGUUUAGUUGUCCGAAUGGGGCGCAGAGGGAGAGCAUGUAUGGGCGGAGGGAUCCGGAUAAUGAUCGGUUGACGUGUAAUUUUCCGGGAGCGGUCGUCAAGUUGAAUGCGAAUAGUAGUGGCGAGGCGUUGGGGGUGCAGAUGCAGGGUGUGAUGGCUGUUGUUGGUAUAGUCGCUGCUAUGUUGUUGGUUUGA